AUGGGGUCCGCAAGCGAUAGCGAAGAGGAAGUCGACGCAAAAACAAUCUUGGCAAUCCGCACCAGCGCUAAACGUCGCCACACCCGUCAAGCAAACCACCUCAAGACGUUGGUCGACGGAGGAGGAACGGCAGAUGACGUGAACGUAGCUUUAGCGGUACUCGAAGAAGCUUACAGCGAGGUGGUGCGAGUGAAUGCCAAAUACAAGCAAGCAGAUAAGGGCAAGGAGAAAGACGCUAUUGAAUGGGAAGCUGAAAUCAACACCUUUUAUAUGGGAUGUAGAAAGGCAGCGGAAGAAUAUUCGAAUAAGGAGAAGGAGAAGUUGGACGCGGCCCCUAAAGCAAAAAAGAGAAGACUAGAAUUGGAGUUUGAGCGAGAGCAAGCGAAGCUCGAUGAGCAACGUAAACUGGAGGACAUUCGACAACAGAGUCAACGAGAACAAGAGGACCUCACACUACAGAUCGAAUACCAGCGUCAAUUGGAGGGCCUAAAAUCGCCGGGAAAAUCGAGUUUCAAGCCAAGGUUUACUUCCUCCAUAAAUGACUCGGAUGACGAGAAAAGACCAAGAGGACCAUGGCCAAAAAUAUCCAUUACACCCUUCAACGGAGAUUCCCGAACAUGGCCUGAUUUCGAACUCUCAUUCGGCGCUCUCAUCAACAACACCCGAAUGCCAGAAGAUAUGAAGCUACUAGCCCUUCGUGAAAAUUUAGAACCGGACGUCCGAAGGAGAGUAGCCAAUUUAUUUGUUGCCUCGGCUAAUUACCAGACGUCGUGGAAGGCCCUAACUGAUCGAUAUGGUAAUCGCCAAGCCAUCAUGCAUGCCCACGUCCAAGAAUUAUUAGCUCUUCAGCCAUUCUCGUCGGGAGAUCUAAAAUCACUGGUCAACAUGGCGGCCUUAGUGAAAGAUGCAGUAACUAGUGUGAAUCAAGAAGAAGGCCAAUCAUACUCCAACAUCGUGAGCCAAUUGAUUAGAGUCCUGCCAAGCGAGCUUCAAAGAGAGUGGGGAAGGUUCGCCUACCCACUACGACCAAGAGUGCCAGGCCUUGCCGAUUUUGACAAAUGGAUAGAAGGUAUUGUAGGAGCAGAAGAAUUUUUGGGCGCAUCAGCAUCGCGCACCACGCAAAAAUCGCCGCAACCCCCAGCCAAGAUGGUAAAAUUUGGCCCGACGGUGAGAAUGGCGACUAUUCAAAAUCCAACAAAUGAAGACAACACUUGCACGGUGUGCCACGCCAAUCCAGGGCAUCCUCUAGCAUUCUGCCAGACGUUCAUCGACUUCUCACCCACCCAAAGAGCGGAAGCAGUCGCGAAAGGAAAGCAUUGUUUUAGAUGCCUUGGACGGAAACACUUCUCAUCCGCAUGCAAAAAGUCGACAAAAUGCACCGUAACGGACUGCUCCCAGUUUCAUCACCCGCUCCUUCAUGGAUCGGGACGAGUUUUCCCGCGUCGGUCAGGUAACGCAGUAGCCCUUAUCGAGCGGUUGUAUAUAAAUUUUCCAGUUUUGGUCGCAAUCGUUCCGAUAUGGGUCAUCGUUCAUAAUGGCGCGUUUCGUACCUUGGGGAUGUUAGAUCCAGGAAGUGAAAUAACUCUGAUGCGAAAAGACUUUGCUGAGAAUAUUGGAGUGUCAGGACACCCCGACGCCCUCCAUCCGGGAUCGUGCCUUGACUCGCAACUCAUCCAGACGCAGUUAAUAAAAUUUGAUAUUUCGUCAAUCGAUAAAAGAAACAAAUUCCAUGUGGAAGAAGCUAUCGUGGUGCCGUCAAUUAAAGGGUCAGAUAGGAGGAUCAACUGGCCAAAGGAGAAGCUUAGGUGGGACCAUCUCGCUGACUUAGAUUUACCAGAGAUAUAUUCAGGCAAGGUCGACGUGUUGAUUGGGCAGGACGUGGAGGAUGCGCACCGCCAACUUGCCACCAGAAAGUCUCCAAACAGGAAAGAACCGACAGGUAAACUCACGCCAUUCGGAUGGACUGUAAUCGGUAGGAUACCUGCUUCCAUUUUAAAGGGGCCCAGUAAGAAGAAUUUAUCCUGCCACUCAACCGGAGUAGAAAAUCCAAGCGACGCAGACUUGGUUACAGUAGUGCAAAAUUUCUACGCCACCGAAACGUUUGGAACAUCGACAGCGCCGCUAAAGAUGUCAGUAGAAGAUACCAUGGCUUUCGAGAUGCUGGCUUCAUCCAUAAGAAAUGUGGGCUCGCGAUUCGAACUUGGCCUACCGUGGAAAAUUCCAAGAAAGGAACUUCCCAACAAUCGAACAGGUGCGCUACAACGCUUUAUGUCAGUGGAAAAACGACUGUUAAAAGACCCGAAAAUAGCUGAACGAUAUAUGACCGCGAUCGAGAAAUAUGUGUUUGAUGGCCACGCCCGGUUAUUAGCAACAUCAGAGCUGGGAGGCGCCAAAGGAAGAGUGUGGUACUUACCCCACCACUACGUCAUCAACCUGAAUAAGCCGAACAAGAUAAGGGUAGUGUUCGACGGAGCAGCAAAAUUCCAAGAUACGUCGUUAAAUGAUCACUUACUACGUGGACCAGUGCUAUUGGCGAGCUUAGUGGGCAUCCUAAUCCGAUCGCGAGAGGCACCGGUGGCGGUGGCAGGUGAUAUCAAGGCCAUGUACAACCAAGUAAGAGUUCACCCAGACGACCAGUCAGCACAACGUUUCCUUUGGCGGCGCCCAGGGAGUGGUGAGGAGCCAAAAGUGUUUCAGAUGUUAGUGCAAGUAUUUGGGCUCGUGUCAUCACCCACAUCAUGUUUAUACGCGCUGCAGUACGCAGCCGAGGCCUACGAAAAAUACCCCGAGGUGACGGACAUCGUUAAAACCAGUUUUUAUGUCGACAAUUUUAUCGACUCAUUCGAGACUGAAGACCAGCCAUCGAAACAGUUAAGCGCAUCACAGAAACGCUCAAGGCCGGAGGUUUUAGAUUGA